AUGAAGAAUUUUCGCCUUCAGCUUGCCCUCAUCCUCGCUUGUGCCUGUACCUUGCGGGAAAAUAUGAUGCCUCGGGUCGCAGCUCAGGAAAAUGACGUCCAAAGAACCUCCGAUGAGUGUCAAGUGACUCCCGUCAUUCACGUUUUGCAGUAUCCGGGUUGCGUUCCGAAGCCAAUUCCGUCGUUUGCGUGCAUCGGGCGAUGCGAAAGUUACAUCCAGGUGUCGGGAUCGAAGAUUUGGCAGCUCGAGAGGAGUUGCAUGUGUUGUCAAGAAAGUGGCGAACGUGAAGCGAGCGUCGCUCUAUUUUGUCCACGAGCGAAGAACGGCGAGCGUAAAUUCAAGAAGGUUGCUACAAAAGCUCCCUUAAGUUGCAUGUGUCGCCCAUGUUCCGGCAUCGAAGAAAGUGCAAUUGUACCGCAAGAGAUUGCCGGUUACACCGACGAGGGCAUCUUGGCGAACCAAUUUCGUAAAAGCCACUACAAAUCGCUUGAACUAUUGAAAAUGUUUAAACAUUUAAUUAAACGACGAUCCGUAUCGAUUUAA